UCUGAAGAAGAACUUCUGCAACUCAGUUGGACUCACUACACAUGGAUUUCCUCCCAUAAAAUAAAAAACCCCUUCCAAUAAUAGUAGGUUUUUACCCUUUUAACUGGUACAAAACUGACACCUCUUCCAAUUGAACAUGUAUUGCUCAUCUAUCCCAAUGCUGGAAAUUACUUGCAAAAUUACUGAAUUCGGAUGACACAUGCAAUCAUCAUCCCCUCCUGCUGCCAAAAAAAUGGCAUGACCCUCGUUAAAAAUAUUCUUGAGACUUAGGAUUUUCUGGGUCAGGAAGUGUAACAAUAAUAAAAAUGUCCUUGUCCCUAACUCUUGUUUCUGUCCUCCUGACAGGUGGAGGUGAAUGUGAGUGUGCGCCACAUGUACCUGUACAGCCGCGAGGUGCGUGGGGUGGUGGCACAUCUCCGCGCCGAGUGUGGGUCACUGUCCGUGCACGCAGUUGCCUUGGCCCACACUCAAGGUGAUCUGAACAAGGCCUUGGGACACGUUCGUAAUGAGAAACAGGCAAAUGUGCAAGCAUCUAGCAUGCGAUCGCGACGACCUACACGUGAGGUGGGUCCAGAUGAAGUGGACCUGCUGCUUGGUGUUGAGCGGAAGCAGCUGGCAGAGUUGGAGAGUGUCCUAGCAGAAACGCUGCUGCGCGCUGAAGCCUUACAGCAAAACUUGGCCCUUUGCCGUAAGCGGUUGCUGGCGUGCAUCUCUGAGAGGUCUUGUGUGCUAGACUUGAUCGGUCACGCAACACCCAGUCGUCUAAGUCAUACGACUCCUUCUGCCAAAUGGAGCCCAGAUCCUAUUGGCCCACUGUCCCCAGAGUGCACCCGCGUGCUGGAAGAAGCUGCACAAGGUCAGAAGGAGGUGAUGGCAAUCCGCUCUGAGAUUAGUCACGUGAUCAAGAAGGUGGCUCAUCUGCAGAGCAGAGCACGCCAGCGUGUGACAAGGUUUGGGCCAGAAGCUAGUGGAGACCAACUGCCUCGCGCCACGCGGCCGUCUGGGAGUGCCUCUCAGCAGCAGCAGCAGCAGGGCCGAGCUCUGCUUGAAGCUGCGCCGUGAACUCCGCAGAACGUGACGGCUGUGGGCCAGGCGCCUCCUCUGUCUCCUCCCACCGCCGCC